CACAGGAGAAUACCCAGAGUCGUCGUCGUCUCGGCUCAAUCAGUACUAGCCUCUUCCUCCUUUUGGCUUUGCUUCCUUCCGCCGUCCGCCCCCACCCACCAAUGGCUCAACUCCACCCCCUUCCCCUCCUCCUCCUCCCCUUCCUCUUCGCCGCCGCCGGGGUGUCCGCCGGCGGCGCCAACGGGGCGCACGUCUCCGCGGUGGUCGCGGAGAAGGGCCUGGCCUUCGCCAAGGAUGUGCUGAUCGGGGAGGCCGUGCGGUCGCUGACCCCGCUCCGCCUCCCCGGGGUGGAGAAGGCCGUGCGCGUGCCCUUCCUCGGCGGCGUCCGCGUCGCCGCCUCCAACAUCACGCUCUUCCACCUCGACGUCGGGGACAACUCCACCGUCCACCCCGGAGGCUCGGGCCUCGUCGUCGUCGCCUCCGGCAUCACUGCCAACAUCAGUAUGCACUGGAGCUACUGCUACGACUCGUGGUUGCUUCCGAUAGAGAUCUCCGACAGCGGCACCGCCUCGAUCCUGGUUCAAGGAAUGGAAGUUGGGAUAACAAUGGAAAUAAAGAACAGCAAUGGGAGCUUGGCUCUGUCUGUUUUGCAUUGUGGUUGCUAUGUGAAGGACCUAGUGAUAUCCCUGGAUGGUGGUGCGUCUUGGUUUUAUCAAGGGUUUAUAAAUGCUUUUGAAGAUCAUAUUAAAGCUGCAGUUGAGAAGGCAAUACCUGAAAAUAUUAUUGGAGGCGCUGGGAAACUGGACUCAUUUCUGCAAGGUCUUCCUAGAACUGUUAGUCUGGAUGACGUUGCUGCCUUGAACAUGACUUUCGUUAAUGAUCCUCACUAUGGCAACUCUUCGAUUGAGUUUGAUAUCAAUGGGUUGAUUACUUCAGCAGUUGCUAAGACAACCAAUAAUCUGCAGAAGCAUCCACACCUUUCUUUAUCUUGUGGUGGUGCAUCCAAAAUGCUUUUGCUUUCGCUUGAUGAAGAUGUAUUUAAUUCAGCAUUAGAUGUUUAUUUUAAGGCAGGUUCAAUGCAUUGGGUUGUUGACAAAGUCCCUGACCAAUCUCUACUGAACACAGCUAGUUGGAAAUUUAUCAUUCCUCGCUUAUACUGGAAUUACCCAAAUGAUGAUAUGCUGCUAAAUAUUUCGAUGGCCUCAUCCCCAGUGAUAAAGAUUACAUCUGAAAAAAUUGGUGCCACCAUUAACGCAGACAUGAUAAUUGAUGUUGUAGAUGGCAAGGAGACAGUUCCAGUUGCAUGCAUCUCAGUGGUUGUAAGUGCUUCAGGCGUCGUGGAGAUAUCAGGAAAUAAAGUUUAUGGUAGAGUUGGAUUAGAUGAUUUCUCCCUCGCGUUGAAGUGGAGUAAAAUUGGUAACAUCUAUAUGUCUUUGAUCCAGGGAGUGAUCCGUGUUUUCUUGAACACAGUAUGCAUGCCCUAUUUGAACUCACGGCUAGGGAAUGGAUUCGUCCUGCCCGUGGUCCACGGUUUCACACUUCAAGACGUCAAUAUUUUAACUUCUGCUAAGCAGUUGACGCUUUGUUCUGACGUCAUCUUCACCAAUGCAAGCAGCUUGGCGAGUUUAGCAUUUUUGUGAUACGGGGAAGUGCGUGUACCUUCUGUCUGGGCCGCAAAGCAGGCCUCGGGCAUUUCAAAGUUGGAAGUACAACACUUCCACAUAUGUGUACAUUAUUGUACAUAUGAUCUCUUUAUCAAAAUUAUUAACAUUCAUUUGUCCUAAUUCAUGAAUAGUGUACAUAUGAACUCAGAAACAUUUGUGCAAAUUAUCGUACAUAAA